AUGACAUCAAAAGCAGUAUCUCUAUUUUCCCGUGUUUUCUCGCAAAAUCGUGCAUUCGCAUCACUUCGGGAAACUGUUGGAGAACGUGAUGCAACACUACUCUACGAGCCAAAAUUCCAAGAUAGCAGAGAGUUUCCAGAAUACAACACCAUCAAUGUUCGAAUUCAAGGACACGACUUCGGAUCAUUAGAAAAGUAUCAAGCUUACAUUCACAAGACAGCGAAACGAUUCGGCUUCUCGGUACCAGACAGUUAUGCUGUCGCUGCACAAACCCAGAAAGCAAUCACGUACAAGCCAUACUCAACAGUCGCCGAGUCGGAAAUUGAUUUAUCGAAUUACGAUCGAGUUGUUCGUUUAAGUGAUGUUUCUGCUCCUCGUUUCUCGCUUUUCACUCAAAUAAUCAGAGCACACAUCCCAGUUGGAGUAACAAUGACCAUCAAAGAACAUGAAAAAGCCGACGAAGACUCUCGCUACAUUCCUGACCAGUUGUUGAAACAGAAGCAAGAAGAACUCAAAGCACUGGAUGAUCCGAAUGUUCGUCGCAACCUCGGAUGGGAAUAA